AUGGCGUUUCCCUGGGAGAAUAUCACGGGGGGCGCCUUCGCGAGCACCUUGCUGAUCGCCUGGGCCCAGGACAAAUGGACUAGGUGGUCGCUGCUUGGGUGCUUUCCCAUGCUGUGGAUUGCUGGGCUGAUGAUCUGGGUGACCUGGUCCUUGUGGGUGUAUCCUAUAUUUGUUUCGCCGCUGCGCCAUCUCCCCGAGCCCACGGGCAACCACUGGCUCUUUGGUCAGGGCAAGAGGAUUUUUGCUGAACCUUCGGGUAUUCCAAUGCGAGAGUGGAUAAAUGAGAUCCCACAUGACGGUCUCAUCCGGUAUCGUGGUCUUCUCAACCAGGAGCGUCUCCUAAUUGCGUCGCCAAAGGCAUUGGCCGAGGUGCUGGUCACCAACAACUACGCAUUUGCGAAGCCGUCCCAGGUCAGAUGGUCGCUCGGUCGCAUUCUCGGCGUCGGCGUGCUGCUAGCCGAAGGCGAGGAGCACAAGAUGCAGCGACGCAGCUUGACGCCAGCCUUUGCCUUUCGACACGUCAAGAACCUGUAUCCUGUCUUCUGGAAAAAGGCCCGCGAGGCAACGCAGGCCAUGACGGCUGAGUUUGGAACCCAGGGCGAGGCCGACGUGGAAGUCAUGUCGUGGGCGUCGCGAGCAACGCUAGACAUUAUCGGCGUCGCGGGCAUGGGGUCCGAUUUUGGCGCAAUCCGCGACGAGAACAGUCUUCUCGCCAAAACCUAUUCGAAGGUCUUCAAGCCGUCUAGACAGGCUCAGAUUCUGGCCGUGCUCGGCUUCUUUGUCCCCACUCGGCUCCUCAGUGCGCUACCGGUGCGUCGCAACGAGGAUAUCAACGCGGCCGCCAACGAGAUUCGCGCCGUGUGCCGAGAUCUCAUCCAGCAGAAGAAGGCCAAUAUCACCAACAAGGAACAGCCCGAUGUCGACAUUCUCUCUGUGGCUCUUGAGAGCGGCGGCUUCUCGGAUGAGAAUCUCGUCGAUCAGCUCAUGACCUUCCUCGCUGCCGGGCAUGAGACGACUGCAUCGGCCAUGACGUGGGCCAUCUAUUUGUUGUGUCGAUAUCCUGGGGUCCAGAGCCGACUGCGAGAAGAGAUUCGCGAGAGAUUGCCGUCUGUUGAUUCAGAUGUCGACAUCACCAGUCUCGACAUCGACCGCAUGCCCUACCUCAACGCCGUCUGCAACGAAGUCCUCCGCUACUACAGCCCCGUGCCGGUCACGGUCCGCGAGACGGUCCACGAUACGACUAUUCUGGGCCACCCAGUCCGCCGAGGCACCCGUAUCAUGCUUGUCCCUUGGGCCACGAACUUCGACAGCUCGCUCUGGGGUCCCGACGCCGAACACUUCGACCCGGAGCGGUGGAUGCCAUCGGGCGGCGAAGGGGCCGACAAGAGAGCCGCAAGCGGAGGCGCCAGCAGCAACUACGCGUUCCUGACAUUCCUACACGGCCCGCGAAGCUGCAUCGGUCAGAGCUUCGCCAAGGCUGAAUUUGCCUGUCUGUUGGCGUCGUGGAUCGGCCGCUUCGACUUUGCCCUCGCGGAUCCAGCACUCGCAGACGAGAAGAAGCUUGAUAUAAGGGGUGGUGUGACGGCAAGGCCCGCCAAGGGGAUGCACGUCAAGGUUAAGGUUAACGGCACCAUGAUGCGAGGAAACCGCGCCCGGAGCCCGGAGGGCGACCGGCGACGGCGGUAUGAUCCUCGAGACCCGCGUCAACCAUACACAGAAGGGCCGCCGCCCCCGCCCGCGAUGCCUGCCUACAACCAGCCGCCGCCACCCCCCGAAGAAGCACGCCGCGCGCGAACUCCCUCCCCGACAUUCUCAUUCACCAGCUCCAGCGACUCAUCCCUGCUGGACAUCUCACGGUACAAGGACACGAAGCAAUUCGGCGGCAUCUUUGGCACCUUUUUUCGCGCCCCUUCGGAGAACAACCGGCAGCGUCGCCGCGCCAAGAAAAAGCGGCGCGUUCUUUACUUUGGCAACUCGUCCUCGUCCUCGGUCAAUUCCGACAUGGCCUACGGCGCUGGAUACAUCAAAGGAACCAAGAGCCGCAGCUUUAGCCCCCGGAGUCGGAGGGCCUCACAAGAAUUCCGAAGGGCUGACGCGCCGCAACAGCUCCCUCCAAGGCGGGAGCGUGAACAGCAGCAGCCAGCGAGGCACAAACGGGAUCCAGAUGCCGAAAUUAUGAAUCUUGGUCGUCAGUUGACUGACCUGGCGAGGCGGCAGAAGAAUGAAGAGGAAAAUCGCCACUCUGGCCGAGGCAAGGCCCUUGCGCUUGGCGCGGCUGGUGCAGUUGGAGCAUCUAUGAUGGCAUCCAAAUACGGUCGCCAAAAGCAAGAUAACAGCCGCGGACUGGGCAGCUCAAAACCCCAUCGCAACUCUUCCGACGACGAAUCUGACUGGGAGGAUGCGUCAGACGACGAGUCCUCUAGCAGUGACGGCUCAGUGCUCGCAUACGGCGGUGGCAAUGCUGUCUCACAGGCCAUCAAGCCUGCCGGAGUAGCCGCUGCUGCAACCGCGACCGCAGCCGCUGCUACUGCCAUCUCUGCCUAUCGUCCUAGCACAGACUCUCCUUCAGCCUACCGGGACUACGGCCAGAAGAGCUCUGUCGUUGACCCUCGCCUCUUUGGUCCCUACAACUCGUUGCGUGGGAUGAUCAAUACCCCAUGUGGCUUUGGGGAUCUAGCACAACCUCAGUACCGCUCAUCGGCCCCCAUCACGAAUGAGCGGCCCAUCUACCCAGUCCCCCCUCCCGAGACUACGAGGUUUGAUGCAAACCGAACCUCCAUCUCAUCCCGCCAAGACUUCCCUCACCACGCGCGACCCGCCCCCGUCCCGCUGCAGCAACCCAUCCCCAAGGCGCCUGUGUCUUCAAAGGUGUACAACGCCGAGAAGUUUGAGGACGUCACCCGCAAGGAUUCUCGCCAUUCUCGUCAAGAAUCUGACGAUAAGAGUCAUUGGGGUGAGGCUGCUGCGGUUGGCCUCGCCGCUGCUGCCAUCGGAACUGCAGUUGCAUCUUCGUCUUCUCGCAAGGAGGAGAAGCGAGAGCGACGUGAAGCCCGAGUGGAAGAGAAGCGGGACCUUGAGGACCGACGCCACCGGGAUGAGGAGGUGUACCAGGACUCGAAGCGAGAGCGACGUGAAACCCGAGUGGAAGAGAAACGGGACCUUGAGAACCGACGCUAUCGGGACGAGGAGGGGUACCAGGCCUCGAAGCGUCGGGAACGAGACGAAGAGCGUCAACAACGGCAACAGGAAAAGGAGCUUCGCAGGUCCAAGCGAGACCCUGGACCCUCCAAGCCUGCCGAUGACCGAGACUCUCAACCCUCCAAGUAUGCUGAUGACCGAGACCCCAAGGGGUCUUCAAGAUUUGAUGAUUAUGACGAUACCCUUAGAAAGAGAAAGGAUAAGGAGACGGCCGUUGUAAUUAUACCCCACCGGGACCCGGUGUCCCACAUACGCCAUGGGGAGGAGAUCACAGUCGAUUAUGAACCGGAGACACGCGUCGAGAGUCGCAAGUACGAUGCGCGCGACGAGCGACGAGAGCUCCCCCCGUCAACCAUGGCAGGCCAACAAGUUGUUACGGGAUCAAGCCAACCCACGCAGCCCACGCAGCCCACGCAAUCGAUUACGAGUGUGGUAGUCGACCCGUUCCAAUACCAGGUUGCUGAUGAUGCUUUUAUGACACCAAAAUUCACCACUCCCCAACGACCGCUUACGCCCACGGUCGUCACAGUGGAGCGUGAACCCACCUUCGACGACUCACCACCGAGAACUUCGGCGGUAGAUGCUCGACUGAGCCGCAAAGACUCGUAUGAGAUUGAGAAGAUGGUCGAGGACUACCGACAGGGAACACAGGACGUAUCUCGGUACAGGGAUCCUCGAGAAGGUCAUGAAUACGAAGAGGAACAGCACCAAGCAAUGUCCAUCUACGACCAAGCGAAGCGCGCCACUAUCCCAGUGGCAGCAGCUGCAAUGGCGUCUGCCAUCGCCGUCGAGGAGGAUCGUGCAAGAGAGCAGCGCAGGGGCAAGUCUUCGGAGGACAGCUCCCGUGACAACUCUCGACCAAGAGAUGCUGUCCAAGACGAAGCGGACAAGUAUUACCGCGAGUCAGUGAUCGCGCGGAAGAUUGCCUCUGACGAGAUCCGCUCUCGCAGUACCUCUCCAGAACCCUCCGUUGUGGAUAAGUGGCGAGACACUUCUGUCGAAACCUUCACUAUUGUCACGCCCCCGGAUCUGGAGGACAAGGAUCCAAAGAAGAGUCUCUACGAUGGACCUGAUGCGGAUGUGAGAAUCGACAAUAAAAUCUUCCCCAACGAGGAAAACCGGUUCCGCAUUUCGUCAAGGGACCUCGAUACCCCGAGAUUUCAAUCAAGAGAUCCCUCUGCAGAGCGAGAGCGUCCUGUUCUCAACUUGGUUUAUCCCACGCCAGUUCAUAGCCGUGAGCCUUCACCGAUCCCGGAUGCGCGGGAGACAACAAGGGAAGUUGAAGAGACGACCAAGGAAGUUGAAGAGACAACCAGGGAAGUUGAAGAGACAACAAGAGACGUUGCAGAGCCAACUUCGAAGCCUGAAGUGGACGAUGUCAUCAUCGGACCCAAGGGCGAAGUCAUGUAUGCAAUCCCCUCUUCCAAGUCUGUCAGUUGGGGGGAGAACCAGACCAAAAGCUUCGAGGUCGAGAGCCCCGAUGGCAGAAGUGACUCCGAGGGCUACGUCCGAUCGGAGUCUUCUGACAAGCCUCGCCCUCGUCUGAACAAGGCCCACCGAUGGGGUGCUAUCGCAGCCGCGAUGGCCGUUAGCUCUAAGGAGCCUGUCAAUGAACCGGAAAUCGAGCUCCCUUCUGUCGACGAUCAAGAACUCGCUAGAAGUUUACCCCAUGAGACUCGAGAUGUCCCUGUGCACUCCGCUCAAAUUUACGCCGACGACGCUAGCCAAGAGCCCCCGAUUCCUGGCCCGAAACCUACCAGCCCAAUGACGGAGCGCAUGCCUGGUGGUUAUGCGGAUGACAUCGAGUUCACAGCUACCGUGGCCGCUGGCUUGAAGGACACUGGAUUUGACCCCGACAUGGUUAUCGAAGAUCCUUCCUUUGCCCGACGAGAAUCUCCUCCAGGAGUGCAAGAUGCAAACGGUGACAACUGGUACAAGAAGCCUUACUCCGAGACCGUUGCCGGCUUUGCCGGAAUCCCUGUGUCGAAACAAGCACCUGAAUCUGGGUUUAUUCUAGGCGAGGUCGAGACUCCUCAGGAGAGCAUAAGUGCUCCAACAGAUUCCGAACGAGAGCAGCCUUUUGAUUACCUUGCUGGUGCGCAACCGUCCGAGAUCCCAGGCUCGCCGAGCGAUGAAGUUGCCGCCCGCGUCGACGAUGUAUCCCCCCCGAGACAAACCAAGAGGGAACAGCGCAGGCGUGACAAGGUCGUGGUAGUUCAAGACGAGGGUGUAAGCCGCGUCAUGGACCCUGAACCUGUGCAACCCCGGGAGGAGGUCAAGGAAAUGUUCUGGGAGGACGUUGGUCGACAGAGGUCCAAGAAACACCACCGAAGUCGUGACUACGAUGACGAUGAGGUCUCCAGAGUCUCCGCCCCUAUCGGGUCCCACCGUGGCCGACAUUCCCCUCGUGAAUACUCAUCCAGAGACGCGAGAUCUGACGACGAGUGGGAUGCUCCCAAGCACGACAAGCGAAGGCGCGGUUCCGAUAGUGGCGAUAUGACCCGAUUCGUUGCACCGGUCGCUGCUCUUGGCGCGCUCGCGUUUGUCGGCCAUGAGCUGGCCAAGGAUAGUCGAUCACGGUCCCGAUCUCGGGAAUCCAGACGCGAUAAUGAGCGAGAUGGCUCACGAAAGUCCAAACACAGGAGAAGCCGUGAUGAUGAUUGGGAUGCCUCACAGGUGUCUGCUCCCAUUGAUUCCUCGCACCGCAGACAUUCGUCGAGAACUGUCCCAUCAAGAGAUGCGCGGUCUGAUGAUGAGUGGGAUGCCCCCCCGAAGCCUAAGAGGCACCACAAGGACCGAGAGUAUUAUAAUGACGACGGGUCUCGUGUCUCUGCUCUUGUAGGCACCUACGAACGACACUCGUCGAGGAAGAGCUCGUCGAGAGACAUCAAGUCCGAUGAUGAGUGGGAAACCCCGAGGAAGUCGAGUAGGUCGAAAUCGAAGCGCGAUUCUGCAACCUACGACUCUCCUCCACGCUCGGUAGCGCCCUCAGAAAUCUCCAUCGGUAGUUCCAGCAGCCGCAGAAGCAAGAAGGAGAAGCGAAGGAGCGGAACCGAAGAGGAUGUCUAUGGGUACCGUGGCAGCCCUACUGACCGCAGACGAGAACACUUUGAUGACCGUGAUGUCAGCUCUGUCGUGUCCGAAUCUCGUGGCGAUGACCGUCAUCGAGAUAGAGGACAUCGACGCAGCAAGCCUUCGCGGUUCGACGAUGACGACAUCAAAUCUAUCGUGUCUGCCCCCGGCUCUGGCUCUUCUCGCCGGAGCAGGGAUCACAGAGACCGCAAGGACCCAGAGAAGAGGUCCAGUGGUGUCUUCUCCAGUCUCUUCAAAUCCAACGGCAAUAAGGACGGGAAGCGGGAUUCUUUUUUAGAUAAUGCCGACACCCUUGGCGCGGGUGUCGGCCUGGCGGCUGCGGCGACUGUCGUUGCCAACUUGAACGCCUCAGAGCCUCUGUCGGACCAGGAGCAUAAUGCCUUCGGCGAUAUCCGCCGUGUCAGAAGUUUUGAUACCUUCGACCCCGAGGUUGCUCCCCGAGCCAUCAAACCCGCCAUUGACCCCCAAUAUGGCGACCUUCUUCCCCUCCCCCCCAGCGAACCUGGGAGCCCCUACUCUUCACCCGGAGAGCUGCCCUCUCUUCCCGACAGUCGACCAGACACCCCACCCGAGCUACGCGCCUUCAAGCGUGAGUCGCCUAGUCAUACUGCGAUCCCCAUCCAACUCCGUCUUGCCAAUCGCUCAAGCCCCCAAUCUCCUAUCGGCUACAGGUCCUCACCACCUGCUGGCUCUCCGGUUACCACUGCCGCCGACUACUCUCCCAGCUCUUCGAGGCGUGCAGCCCGCCCCACCUCUUGGGACAGCAGCCGCGAAUUCAAGCCGCUGUACCUUGUCGAGCACUCCCGCAACAUCCCGCCUUUGGACGAAGCUGAGCUUCCAGAGCUCCCCCCAAGUGAAGCCAGUGAGCGAGAUUCAGAAGCAAGCGAGCGGGACUCACCUGAGCCCGAGUCUCAUCGUAAUUCUGAUUACUUCGGCCCUGGCCUUGAAGCUCUUCAUUUCGCAGAUCCUCACCUGCAAAUUGACACGAAUCUCCCAACCAUGCCAAGUGAUGAGGACGCAGGAUCAGGGGAAUCAACUCCCCGUGCUGAGUUUCGGCCGGAGUUCCCAGUUCUAGCACCCAUGGAGGCUUUUGAUCACCAGUAUUCUCGCGAGCUAGUCCUGACGGAUGAGGCACCCUGGGAUGUUCCCCAAGAGUCUGAGUCUUCCCGAGAACUAGUCCUCGCAGAUGAACCCCACAUGGUGGCUAUUCAGCCCGAGCCUUCCCACAAAUUCGUCUUCGCAGAUGAGCAGCCUGUGGAAGUCCCCCAAGAGCCUGAGUCUUCUCGCGAACUAGUCGUUGCAGAUGAGCUACCUAUGGAGGCUAUUGAGCCCGAAUCUUCUCAUAAGCUUGUUGCUAGUGAUGACCAGCCCGCUGAUACUCAAGAGCUCUCAACCGAGGAGACUGAGCCUUCUCGUCAGCCAUUACUCGCAGAUGAGCCGCUCAUGGAGGCCAUCAAGUCUGACUCUUCUCGCAAGUUAACCCUUGCAGAUGAGCCGUCCGUGGAGGCUCAAGGGCCUAAGGCUUCUCCCAAGCUAGUCAGCGCAGACGAGGUGCCCAAUGAUGUUCCCCAAGAGUUAUUGAUCGAGGGACCUGUGGCUUCUCCUGAGCUAGUUCAUACAGCUGAACUCCCCAUGGCGGCCAUCAAGCCUGAGGCUUCCCGCGAACUAGCCCUUGCAGAUGAGCCACCUCUGGAGGUUACGGAGCCUAUGACUUCUCCCAAGCUAGUCAUUGCAGACGAGCUGCCCAAGGAUGCUCCCCAGGAGUCAUUGAUCGAGGGGCCCGAGCCUUCUCGUGAGCUGGUCACAGCGGAACUGCCUCAGGAUGUUCUCCAAGAGUCAUUGACCAAGGAGCCCGAGCCUUCUCGUGAGCCAGUCCUCACAGAUGAGCUGGCCAAGGAUGUUCCGCAACAGUCAUCGACCGAGAGGCCGGAGUCAAAGCCCGUUGAGGCUAUGACCAAUAUCCGAAGUUCUUAUUUCCGCAACUUCACUCCACCCUCCUUCAGAGCAGUCGACAACACCGCCCUCCCAACAAGCUCGAUUGAGACCACGCCAACCAGACAGAAUGGCCCCGAUGAUGACGACCUACAUGAUGAUCUAGACGACUUGACCUCCGUGGACGAGCAUAUCCCAGACGUUGUGGGAGGUGGCUCAGAGGACCCAGAUCCUGAGGAACCGCUCUCCGCCCCUCGUGAAGCCCCAAACACCAAGGAGCAGUUUGCCAAGAAGGUGACUCCUUUCAAUUGGCUCCGGAACAGCUUCAGCCGUCUCCUCCCGGAUCCCAGUGCUGAGCCUGUUGCUAAGCCUAUAUCGGAGCCUGUGAUUGAGGAAGUCGGCCGCGUUGUCACCCCUGAACCCAUCAUCAAAACCGUUGCCGAACCUGCCGAGCCCCUAGUUGAAGCUACCGCUGAGACUGCAAAGGAGCCUGCAGGCGAGGACACUGCCCGACAAGUCGUUCUUGAGCCUAUCGCCGAGGCCGCUGACGAACCCGCCGAGCCCCUGGUUGAAGCUGUUACUGAGACUGUGAAGGAGCCUGUAGGUGAGGACAUCGCCGGAGAAGUUGUUCCUGAGGCCAACACCGAGACUGUUGCCGACAUCCCGACGGUACUGGAGAACGAACCUGUGACUGAGGAACUUGCUCGAGAGAUCAUUCCUGAGCCUACUACGGACGUGAUACCCGAAACUAUCACCGAGGCUGUUCCCAAGCCUGUCGCCGAACCUCUCAUGGAACAUACCUCUGAGCUGGUCACUGGACCUGUUAGCCAGUUCGUCCCCGAAGUUGUUGCUGAGGCUAGCAUUGAACCUCCCGUUGAGCUUGUUUCUGAACCUGCUGAGGCUGCUGUUGAACCCGCCACUGAGCCCAUGCCUCAAGCGGCUCCCGAACCCGCUGAGAACGAAUACACGAAAGAGGCAUGGGAAAGUCUGGCAGCAAAGGACAGGAAGAAGAUCAAGAAGGCUCUCAAGAAGAAGGGUCUGGAACUGGUAUUCACUGACCCUGCAGAGCCCCCUGCGCUAGCUGAAGAGGAUCCCAACGAUGUCAAGGCUCGCGAGGGCGAGGAGUCGAUUUCUACUAAGGAACCUGCUUUGAAGGACGUGCCCACCGAGCUCGAGAAGACCGAGGAACAGCUAAGCUCUGUCGUGGAGGAGCCUGUAGAGGUUCCUUCAACGGAGCCUGAGUCUCUGGAAAAGGUCGUUUCUACCACUGUUGACUCUGAGGAGCCCUUGGCCGAGGCUUUGGAUGAGGCGGAGCCUGCCGAACAGGAGCCAGACGUCCUUGCAACCGAUACAAGUCUGGACGCCAUAGUCGAGCCUGAGACAGUCGGCCUUGAUGUUCAGGAGCCUGAUACGACACCUUCUGAGGCUCUCACAACUGACAGAAGUCUGGACGCCGUGGUUGAGCCCGAGGCAGUGACACCUAGCCCGGAUCUUCCUAUUACAACAUCUUUUGAUGCUCUCCCAACCGAGGACGCAGCCGCGGCCUCUCGCGAGCUAAGCACAGACGUGGUCGAGGCGGACACUACGCAGCCCCAAUCCAAGAAGAGCAAGAAAAAGAAGAAGAAGAGCAAGGCAGCAGCCGCAGUGGAAGAAGAGCGAGUACAGACGGAACUUGCAGUCGUUGACCCCAAGCCCAGCUUGGAAGAUGCAGCUCAAACACCAAUCAACUCUUCCACACAAAGUGAUGUUCUCUCGGCAGAUACAUAUGUUCCCGAAGUUGAGGCAUAUGCCCCUGAAGCUACGCCUGAGCUAGUCGCUGAACGUGCUCCUGAACCUACUGCCGAGCCUGUUUCGGAAGCUGUCGUCGAGCCCGUUUCGGAGCCAGUUGUCGAGCCAGUCGUUGAGUCUACUCCUGAACCCGCUGUCGAGCCUGCUGUCGAGUCCACUCCUGAAUCUGCUGUCGAGCCAGUCGUCGAGUCUGCUCCUGAAUCUGCUGUCGAGCCAGCUGUUGAGCCGGUCGUCGAGCCAGUUCCUGAACCUGCCAUAGAGCCCGUUUCAGAGCCUGUUAUCGAAGCUGUGGAACCCGUCGUCGAGUCCGUUUCGGAGCCGGUUGUCGAGCCAGUGGUCGAGCCUGCUCCUGAAUCUGCUGUCGAGCCAGUGGUUGAGUCUACUCCUGAACCUGCUGUCGAGACUACUGUCGACCCUACUGUCGAGCCUGCUGUCGAGCCAGUGGUCGAGUCCACUCCUGAAUCUGCUGUUGAGCCGGCCGUUGAGCCGGUCGUCGAGUCGGUCGUCGAGCCAGUUCUUGAACCUGCUCUAGAGCCCGUUUCAGAGCCUGUUAUCGAAGCUGUGGAACCCGUCGUCGAGCCAGUCGCUGAGCAUGCUCCCGAACCUACUGCCGAGCCUGUUGAAGAGCCCCUUCCGGAGUCUGUCGUGGAGCCCAUUCUAGUCGAGACAUCGGAGUCCCCGUCAAAGUCAAAGAAGAAAAAGAAGAAGAAGAAGGGUGCACAAUCUGAAGACCCUGCGCCUCCUGAGACUCUGGAAACCUCUAUGCCAUCCGAAGAGCCCUUGCCGAUCAUGUCUGAAGAAGUGGAACAGUCUGGUGAUACCGAUGGUACCAAGGAUAUGCCUGAAUCGGUCACGGAAUCCCUCCCAGUGGAUGGACCUUCACCUGAAGUAUUAGCAACCGAGCCCGAGCCCGAGAUUGCGAUUGAUCAAGAGACCGCUGAACCCCCGAAGGGCAAGAAAAAGAAGAAGAGAAAGUCAGUCCAUUGGGAGCCAGAAGAGACUUCCACUCCCCUUGCUGCUGCUCAGGAGGACACCACCCCGACUCCACCUUCGGAAGGCAACGAUCAGUCCGUUGAUGCUGAUGACACCCCCUCUGUUCUCGAAGGUUCCCAGGAGCUUGAGAAGGACGCAACUCUAGCCACGGAGGCGCUUGAACCCGACACCAAGAAGAGUUUUGACGAACAACCUGGGGCAGACCUCUCAGACGACGCUCUCUCCGCCUGGGACAUUGGAACUGAAACUCCAGAGAAUAUUGAAGAACUCGACCAGGCUGCGAGCAAGACCGAUGUUCUACCGGAGGCCGACGACGUACUGACGGUGAAUGAGCCUCCUCCCACUCUGGAGUCUUAUGUUUCCGAACCACUCUUCUCCCAAAACGAUGCUCCAGUAGAGGAUUCCCAAGCAACAUCGAUUGACCUCGAGUCUACCCAACCUGAGGAGUCCUCUCUUGUUCUCGACGAUGUCACGCGGGACAUUCCUACCAGUGAUGAGCCUGCUAGUGCCAUUGAGGAUGUUGAGACCCAGGCACUUGAGUCCCCGGCAACUGAGACAACUGAACCAACAGACGGAACCUCGAAGAAGAAGGCCAAGAAGAACAAGAAGAAGAAGAAGAACCAGGCUGCUCAAGAAGAAGUCACCGAGGAGCCUAAAGCCGAGGAGCCAUCACCUGGCCCUGCUGAAUCCGCUGAGGAGCCUUCCGAAACUCCUGCUGAAGAGCCCAAGCCUGAGGAGAUUUCUGUUCAGCCAAUUGAGCCUGUCGAGGAAUCUAGUGUCGAUAAACCUCUAGAGGCCCCUAUCUUCGAGACUCCUCAGGAAACCCCCGACCUCGGUGAAAUCCCGCCAACCGAUGAGAUCCAGGUUGGGGACACGCCAGUUGACCCCGCCCAAGUUACUGAGGACUCUGGAGUUGAUAAGCCGUCUGAUGGUCCUGUUGUGGAUGAUUCUACUGAGGUAACUCGUGAUGCUGAGAUCUCAGAGGUGCAGGAGGUCCCCGCCGAUGAAGAGAGCGCGCCGAUGAGCGGAAAGAAAUCCAAGAAGAAGAAAAAGAAGACCAAGUCUGUGUCCCUCACCGAACCAGACACACUCCAGGAUUCACCACUUGAGAAUUCUGCACAAUCUUCUCUCACCCAAGAACCUCUCACCCAAGAGCCUGCCAAGGAGGAGCCUCUUACUCAAGAGCACGUGACAGAAGAACUUCUCACCCAAGAACCCAUUACUGAAGAGGCCAUCAAGCAGGCGUCACUCGCACAAGAGCCCGUCACAGAAGAACCUCGCACUCAAGAGCCUAUCACUGAGGAACUUCCCACUCAAGAGCUCGCAACAGAAGAACUUCCCACUCAAGAGCCUAUCACUGAAGAGCUUGUCAAGGAUGAUUCUCCCGUACAAGAGCCCGUCACAGACGAACCUCGUACUCAAGAGCCUAUCACUGAGGAACUUCCCACUCAAGAGCUCGCAACAGAAGACUUUCCCACUCAAGAGCCUAUCACUGAAGAGCUCCUCACGGAAGCGUCUCUCACUCAAGAACCGAAGCUGCUCGAUGAAAUUGCGGUAGCCACUGAGGCAGAACUGCCUGUCCAGGAAGAAGUGGUUGUCUCACCCCCGGUAGAGGAAAAUCCUGAGAACCCUCCACCUGCCGAAUCCGAGUCACUAGCAGAAAUAGCUCCCGUUGAGCCAGAGGCCGAACCUGAGACUCCCAAGAAGGGAAAGAAGAACAAGAAGAAAAAGAAGAAGAACUCUCUCUCCCUCGACGACGGCGAGAAACUGCCGGAGGGCGAGCCUGUAUCUCAGGAGCCUUCUGAUUCGGCCCCCCGAGAAAUUGAUCUCAAUGGCACCACGGAUCUUGCCAAGGAUGAAGCCUCCCCAAAUGGUCUCGACGUGCUGGAUAAGGGCAGUGAAGAGCCCAUCGAGGCUCUCCCCCCUACUGACGAAUCCACAACUCCCCUGGAUCCGGAGAAGAUCCCCGAAAUUGCCCCAGAAAAUGAUGAGCAGACAAAGCCGGCUGAUGUCCAAACCCUCCUAGAAACCCCACCCGUCCAGGAUCCAGUAGAUGCUCCGGCUGCCGAUGCCCCCGAUGCGUCUGCCUCCGAACAACCUCCCGCUGAACCACCGGUCCCCUCCGCCGAGGAUCCCGAGUCCCUUCCCACUAAAAAGUCCAAGAAGGAAAAGAAAAAGAAGAAGAAGAAGGCUGCACUCGAGGAGACUACGGAGCCUGAGUCUGGAGUUGCUACUCCGUCUGAAGAGACCAGCGCUGGACCUGCAACCGAAGCGGCCGAUUCAGUCGUCGACAAGGCUGCGCAUCCUAGCGAAGAUACUCCGCCGGAGACCGAGACGACGGAAACCCCUGCCGCGGAGCCAGUCCCCGAGGCCGAAACCACGGCACCGGCCGACGUAUCUACUUUGGUGGAAUCCAAUGAAACUGGAGAGCCGCCUGCAUCCAGCUUGGAGCCAGAUGCUAAUCCUGAAGACGAGCGGGGUGGGUUCAGUCCGAAGAUGUCCAAUACGGACAAAAAGAUCAAGAAGGCUAAAGACAACGAUUCUCAAAUCCUGCAGGACCCCAAGACCAACCCUCUACCGCAACCGGAACCGGAACUGGAAAAGGACGCAAACGCCGCGGCCGACGCUGAUGCUGGGAACCUGGGACUUUCUGAAAAGGACAAGGAAGAGAAGGGGAAGGAACCUGUCAUCGACCUCGAGACACCUGUUGAGUCUGAGGCAAAGCCGGAGGAAACAGAGAAGCAGGAAAAUGACGAUGAAUAUGCUGGCCUGUCCAAAAAGCAGAAGAAGAAGAUGAUGAGGGCCAAGGCAUUGGCUGCCUUGGAGUCCUCAGUCGAGCCGGAGACGCCAAAAGAACCCGAGGCCACCUCUGAGGUACCGACGGAAUCUGUGGCUGAACCCAACACCGAGCCUGAAUCGAAGCCCGAGCCCGAGACUGAACCGGCUGCCGAGUCGACCGCCGAGCCGGACAUCGAUUCUGGAUCGAAGCUUGAGAAUGAGACAACCUCCACGGUUGGACUUGAACCCGAGACUGUACCUAUAGUUGAGCCCGAGACUGAAGCUGAAUCAAAGCCCGAAACUGAGACUCAACAUCUGGUCGACCCCGAGACUCAAUCAUCUGUGGUUGAGCCGCUUGUUGCCGAACCCGCAGCUGAUCCUAACCUGGAAACUGAAUCCAAACUUGCGCAUGAGAAUGAACUGGUGGACCGGAGCGUUUCUGAUGCCCUUGAGCCAGAACUUGUGGCUGGAGAAAAGCCCAAUGUCGAGGCCGAAUCUACUGAACCUACAGCUGAACCUGAGAUCGAAACCGAACCGAAGUCUGACCCCAAGACCUUGCCAACGCCUGCCGAGACGCCUGGCGAACCUAUCGAAACCACCACUUCAGCGCAGUCGAUCGUCGCGACUGAGGAGACGGUCACUGUCGAAUUCGAGAUAGAACCCGUCGAGCAAAACGUGGACGAAGUCGCCCUUGCCCUGCCAAAGAAUGACAAGAAAAAGAAAAAGAAGAAGAGCAAGGGUCAAGACGCUGAGACUGAAUCACCACAAGACAUUCAGGCCCCGAAAGAGGCCGACUCUGCAGGACCGGUAGAUGAGAUCCCUGUUGAGCCAUCCACCGAAGCUGUGGUUGAGCCUACGCAAGAGCCCGCCGAAUCUGCGCAAGAAGCCGCUGAGCUUGGUCUUGAACCUAGCGAGCUCAAGGCUGUGGCCAUCGGUCCUGCGGCUGGGCGUGAUACUGAACUGGACACGAAACCCGAAGUAGAGGCACAGGACACACCCAAGGAGCUCAGCGAGCAGACACACCCUCCCCCGGAUGUGGCCAACGUACCAGAAGCCGAGAUCGAGGUCUCACCCACUCCUGAAGUAGCCGCCGAGGCUGAACCGAACUCCACGAGGAAAGAUGACGACAAUACUAACGGAGGCUUGACGAAGAAGGAAAAGCGAAAGAAGAAGAAGAAGGGCAAGGGCGUUGACCUUGAGGCAUCGCAGGAACUUGAGCAGCCGAAACCAGCUGAUAUAAGCCCCGAAUCUGCGCCGACUGACACUGCUCAACUUGAGGCAACACUCGUCCCUGAAGCUACCACUGACGUUUUCGAGCCUUCGCCGAGAACAGUAGAUAUCCAUGAAACCAAUCCUGAAGUCGCCGCCGAGACAAAAACAGAUACAAUGACCGUUCCUGCACCCGACGCAAUGGUUGCCCCUGGGCCCACCUCCGAGGUUUUCGUACCCGAACCGGAGGGUCAGAUUGCAGAGGAAAAUGAUCCCGAACUCACUCGCGGGUUGGAACCAGAGCCAGCAAUGUCCACUGAACCGUGUUCUGAGGGCGCUGAUGAGCUGAACCUUAUUGGUACUCUGGAAGAUGUCAUCGCGGAGCCCGAGCCAGAAUCUGAGAAGAAAGAGGAGGUGGUAGAUAAUCUUACUCUGUCUAAGAAAGACAAAAAGAAGAAGAAGAAAAAGAAGAGCAAGGGCUCCGCUGCUGACUCUCUAGAUGAACCCGAAAGGCCCUUGGAACCCGAGGACUCGGUCGCGCUUGAGACUAGUCUUUCUGAGCUGGCUAUUCCGACGAAAACCGGGGAGGUCGUGGAGCCACUAGAGUCUGUUGAACAAGUCAAGACUGCUGAGAUCGUCGAGUCCGUUAACAUUUCUGAACCUGCCAGGCCUGUUGACGUUGUCGAACCUACCAUUGAAACAGCACUGGAAGCUGAGCGCCAACUUGAACCAGAGCCUGAGCAGGCACAGGAGGACGAGCCGAAAGAGUCUACGUCUACGAAGAGCAAGAAGAAAAAGAAGAAGAACAAGGCCUCGAGUUCCGCCUCCCUUGAAGGGGCAGAGCUUGUCAAUGAACCUGAAGCCGCUCUCGACCUUGCGCCAGAGCCUGCGCCAAAGCCUGCGCCAGAGAACGCUCCUGAUUCUUCUCUCGAACCCGUUCUUGAUCCUGCACCCGAGCCUGCAGCGCUCCACAGCAAACCGCCACCUGAGGAGCCACAGCAAGAUGACGAACCUGGCUCCAGUCUUUCUAGAAGCAUUUACCCUGACCAAGAGAAGUCGCCAGGUGCUUUCGAAGAGUCCGAAGUACCGACUGAACCCGCCUCCGAUUCUCUGAACAACCUCGAGCCUGUGGUCCCUGAAGCUCAGCCUGAACCCGAAGCCGAGGCCACACCUAAGGCUACAACCGUGCCACAAGACCUUGUCGACCCAUAUGCUGGCCUCUCUAAGAAGGAGAUAAAAAGGAUGAAGAAGGCGGCCAAGGCUGCAGCCGUUAAUACCGUGGAAACCCCUGAGCCUACUAAAGACACAGCGCCCAAUGAAUUCACAUCUGGGCCACUCGAGGACACCAAGGUUGAUACCGCUGAACCUGAGACAACAUCAACACAAGGAGCUGAACCCGCGGUAGAGACAGAGCUCGCCCCAGAGCUUACAAACACACCGGAGGGUGAACUCAUUCGGGAGGCUGAAUUAGACGUCGUUUCAGAGGUCCAGUCAGAGACUACUCCGGUGGUUGAAAGUUCCCUCUAUGCUGAGGCGAUUCCAGAGGCCGGAAGUACACCUGAGGCUGAACCUGAGAACGCAGAGAAGACAGAGACAAGACCCGAGCCAGUUCCAGGGAUUGUUCCGACACCUGAGGUCGACCGCGAGAUUUUACCCGAGCCAGAGCGGAAGGAAGAAGAUGAGCAGAAUGCCCCCCUCUCCAAGAAGGAAAAGAAAAAGAAAAAGAAGAAGGGCAAAUCUGUCGCCUUUGACCUUGAGGAGCCAUCUCAGCCAACUGAGGAAGCUACGCUGCCAUUCGACUUGGACCGUGCUGCUGAGCUCGCUGUUUCUGAGGAGCCCAAGACUGAGUCCGAAUCCCAACCUGAACUCAUCACCAAGGAGGAAGGGGACUCUGCGAGCCUUGGACCUUCCGAGGAGAACCGAGAAGACAAAGUAGAGGAUGUUGACUUGGUCGAAACGCCAGAAGCAGUAACGCUUGCUACCGAAGGAUCUCAACAUGAUGAGCCAGAGCAAGCUCUUGAAGUCCCACCUCUGGUUGCUGAAAGAUCUGCCCUUACCGAGUCUGAGCCGCACGUCAAAGCUCAGCUUGAGGUGGAACAGAAGGAUGAUGUGCACGCUCAACGCACCGGAACUUCUAAGCAGGACAUGAUGAAGAAAAAGAAGACAAAGGCAAAAUCAAAGGAAAUGGAGCUUGAAGAGCAGGCACAUCAACCAUCUUCUACUCUCGACUCGGUUGCCGAGCUUCUGGGAGAAGAACUUUUGAUCUCCCAGACUGAGUCUCCAACGGAGCCCUCAAUGGCACACGAGGCGGAAGUAACUGUCACCAAACCUCCAGUGGAACCCGAGGCUGAAUCUCAGCCGGAACCUCAAGCUGAGGCUCAGCCCGACUCCCAACUUGAGUUCGAUGUCGAGCCCACGGCAGAAAACGAAUCCGGGUCUCGAAAUGUGCUGCACAUUCCGCGAGAGGCUGAAGCAACUACACUUAAUUCUCGACUGGAGCUUGAACCUCGAUCAGAGAAGCAGGAAGGUGAACUCCCAGGCCCCCGCCUUUCUAAGAAGGACAAGAAAAAGAAAAAGAAGAAGGGCAAAGCUACCGAAGGCGAGCCUGCUGAGCCUGCAUUCGAGCCAGAGUCUGCUGUGGAGUCGAUUCAGUUAUCUGAGAUACCGAAUGAGCCAGAACAUGCUCAUGAAUCGAAUGAGGUCCCCCAGGGACUGGAUGCCAUCCCCGAGCAAUCUGAGACGAUAACGGAGCCCGAAGCUGAUGUCCACUUGGAACCAGCUGAACCUGUGAAAGAGGCAGUGGCCGAGAUUGAGCUAUUUGAGUCGGCACGGGAGCUAGAACCUGCAACUGCAUUAGCCGAGACAGCCACAAAGCUUGAAUCUGUUGCAGAGCCAAACGCAUAUCCCGAGCUUGCAACGGCGCCGGAAGCUGCAGUUGAGCCAAGGACGCUAGCUGAGACGACAUCGACAAAUGACUUUGAAGCUGACCGUCCACUUGAUACUGAGCCUCCCAAGGAGCUGGGAGAAUUUGGCGAGCCUGCUCAUGAGUCGACUCGGGCAGAGGAGCCUGAAGCUUCUAAAGAGCCCAAUGUGGAGACCGCGGCCGACCCAGCAAAGACAGAGGAGGAUGACUUGCGGGGUGCAACCACGUCCAAGAAGGCCAAGAAGAAGAAGCAGCAGCAAAAGGCUAAGCUCGCUGCACAAGUCGAGGAAUCUGGCGAGCUGACCGCUCAAUUCGCCUCUACUUCAACACCCAUGCAGCUUGACGUUGAAGAGGCGGUCAGCCAAAAUCCCCCCGAAGCCGGACACCCCGGUUUGGGGAACGACCACGACUUGAACGACCCACACCAGCUUGGCCAGGUCCAGACCGACAAACACCUCAAUGAGCUUCAAGACAUGAAGUCGGUGACCCAAAUUGAAGCUUCAAACCUUCCCUUGCCCACUUAUGCGCCGGAAGACACCCGAGAACAACCUUUUGAUUCUGAAACCCCGCUCGAUGCCUCUAUGAUUCAGCCGGAAGUACCCUCUUUGGAUGCGUGGCCGGAUAGUUCGGUUGGAAAGCGCACAAAGAAGGAUAAGAAAAAGAAGAACAAGAAGGGCAACGCCGACGCUCUGCCUGAUGAUGAGCCUUCCAGCUCAGUAGUGAUGAGUGGAGGUAUCCAAAUGACUGAACCUGUGCCCUUGACUGAGGAGGCACCUGCCGAGAACAUCCAACUGCUUCCCGAGGCCUCGGUGGGAUUCAAUGAGUCCAUCUCCAUUUUCGACGGACGCGAGCAACCUCGAGAGCAUACCCCAUCUCGAGAAUUGGAGACUCCUGAAAUCGCUGAUCGGCCAAGUCCGAUGGAAGAGGCCCCACGCGCUUUGGAAACCAAGCCUACCAUUGAGGAAGCCAUCGAACUUAUUCCACAACAGCCAGAAGCUGCUGCCAAGGAAAUUGACAUGGGCGAGCUCGCAGCACCUGAUGUCGUGACGCACCAAGAAACCCCUACCGAAGAGCUACAAGAUAAAGACCUCCAGACAAAGACCUCUAAGGACAAGAAAAAAGAGAAGAAGGGCAACCCCGUUCAAGAUAUUCUGGAGCCUACAACUGAACUUGUCCCGGAAGCUCGUCCUGCACCCGAUGUUGAGCCAAUGGAGGUCGACGUUUCCACACCUGCCGAUGAUCCUCUCGAAGUACCUGUCGAACAGGUCCUUCUUGUUGAAGCUACCCCGGUGGAUGUUUCUUCUGUUGGCAUUUCGCCCGUUGAAGACAUCCCCGCCCAAGAAGCCGCUGUCCCAGACUCGCCUGUGGACGAAGAUCUCCCUCGAGGUGCACCCUCGGGCGACAUUGCCAUGCAAGAUCCCCAGGUCGAGGUUGCCCUUCCGAAGGAGCCAACCGCCAGUGACCCUCCAGCUGAAGAUGCCUCUGCCCCUAUCCCUAUUCUAGACGAAACCAUCCAGGAACCUGAUUCCGAGAUUCCUACUAAGAAGUCUAAGAAGGACAAGAAGAACGCGAAGAAGCUCGCACGGUCACUGGCGGCUGCCGAAUCUUCACCCGCGGACGAGUCAAUCAUCGAGAAGCAACAAGAGACCCCAGUCCAGCAAGCUAUGGAUGAGCCCCUACCGAUUUCAGCCAACGACAAAGAUGAUGAUGAAUGGACCUUGCCCGUCAAGAAGAUUGGUAUCAGGAGCAAGCCUGAUAGCGCUCCGAUGUCAGUUCCUGAUGUUGAGAUGGAUCUCCCGGCCUUCAAUGAGCCAAGCGCUACAUUCACGGAGUCUCAGCGGAUCAUUGAAUCUGAGGCUGGUCUUGAACCCAGCCCACCGUUGGAGCUGACCAGAUCCAUUGAUACCGAGGCCCCCCAGUCAAUAGAACCAAGUGGAUCGCGGGAAAAGGACGAUGAAGAGUGGGCUUUGCCUCUCAAGAGAAAAGGCAAGGAAGCGAAGCCAAAGCCCAUGGAUGUCGAUAUCGCCAUGAAGGGUGCCGAGGAGCCAGCAAUUCCAUCCCUCACCCAGAUUUCGCGCGGGAUUUCUCUGGAGAAGGAAGAGGCAUCUGUCCCGGUUCGAGGAGACGAGACACGCGAUCCCGUGAUUGUCCUCGAGCGCAGCCAUAGAACAGAAGUCGCCGAUGACAAACCCAAGGACUCUCCUACCUCAAAGACCAAGAAAAAGAAGGAGAGAAAGCUGAGCUCCACUCAAACCCAACAGCCCACACCAGAGGUGACCCCGGAACCAGACACCCAGACAAUCGAGAAGUCCCUGGUGAUGGAAGACGCUGCUGCAAUUAGUGUCGACAAUGCCCGAGACUUGUCUGGUGGAGCUAUUUCCAGGGAUGUUUCUGAACGAGCAGACGAUCGAGUACAUGAGACGCCAUACGAGGACUUACCUUCGCUUCAACGACAAGCUCCCGAUCCACGAGAUUUCCGGUUGGAAGAGCCUACCAAGCAUGGGAAGAAGAAGAAGGAGUUUAAACCCAUCGAUCAUGUACAGGGCUCAGGUCUACUGGAUGAUGAUAUGGAUUUCGUGGAUGAUUGGGUCGCGCCAUCGCCUAGCCUCAAAGCCAGCCAGUCGAAAACAUCGGCCCGGGCACCAAAGGUCGACCACGAGUCCCUCCCUGUCACCCCCCCGAGAGAUUAUAAGGCGGCGGGCAGGGCCAAAUCCACACCGCACGGCAAGGAAGAGACAACAUCCGCCAUUGAAAUAGUGGCAGCCGCGGCAGCUGCCGCAACAGGGGCCACGGUUCUUGUCGACAAGCUUGGAAGCAAGACGAAGGGAAACGUGGGAAAGUUUACGGACCGAGGAGUGCAAGAUGAAGAUGAGAUGUUCAAUGAUCAAGGGUUGGAAGAGGAUGUUCACGUGAGGAAGACUGCUGCCGUUGGACAGAGCUCAUUUCACGAGAGAAAGAAGCCAAGGGUCAAGAUGGACGAGGCUUUCUGGGGAAGCAGUGACAAGCCAAAAGAGACAAUCAAGGGAACCGAGCGGGACUUUGAGGACCAGGGUCGGGACAAAGCCAAUACGACAAUCACGGCUAAGGAGUCAAGUAGGACCAAAGGCAAGAGCAAGAGCAAGGACCACGAACCAGUGGUGGUCAGGGACAGUUUCACAGGCCGGAAGGAGACAUCUCGACAAAACGAAUGGCUUGACCAUGAUGACAUGGCGGAAAGUCCUGUGCUGGGACGAGGAAAUACCGACUUACCUCGUCCACCCCUCCAGGGACUUCUCCGCCGAGGAUCCGACAUGGAGGAGCCAGUGGGUGGUCUUUUGAGGGAAGACAGCCGAACACCGACGUCGUUCGGAGAGCUAGGAUCUGAAGUGGGCGAACUUCGACGGUCACCUUCUCGCCUUCUAGAGCCAGUACCAGAAGUCCCGGAGGCAGAGGCAGAGCCGACCAAGCGCAGGCUGAAGCAGCUGGAUGCCAACCGGGACAGCGGCUACGCGGGAGACUCGCCACACCCUCAGCGACGGAGCAAGGCGCUGAACGAGGAGCAGCAGCGCGACAGUGGUGUUCAAAGCGGAGACUGGAGUGAUGCGGCCAGCCGGGAGCGCGCAAACCGGGAGCGUGCAAGCCGGGAACGCGCCGGACUACAGACACCGGAGCCGGCGAGCGAGAGACGGCUCCGGCGGUCGCCCCGAGGCACGCCCGUGUUGCGCGAGCCGCCGGCGCAAUCCGCGACGCCGGAGCCCGAGAAGAAGAAGCAAUACGGGGGGCUGGUAGCCGCAGGUGUGGCCGGAAUAGCGGUGUCAGCGGCUGCAGCGGGACUGGCAGCACGAUCAGCAACAUCCACGCCAUCUCGCAGCGUGUCGGACAAUCCGCCGCUCUCACGCCAAUCAUCGCCGCGGCCUGAAGCCUUCGCGCGCCGAUCCCUGUCCAAUACCAGCCUCUCGCGGCGUCGCACGCCAGAGCCGCUCAAAUUGCGGCCUGAGAGUCCAGGCAUCCAACGCUCGUCAGGCACCCCCACUCCGCCGCUUCGUCGAGUCGACAAGCGAAUGAGCGGCGAUCUACGGACGCUCCGCACCCAAAACAACACCACGCCCGUUGCAAAUGAAGGUCGUGUCCGCGCCAAGGACAUGGCCGAUGUUUAUGACGGCUUCGGCGAGGGCCGCAUCGGUUCGCCCCGUUCGCCCACACGGCCCCACAGCAUGCGUCGACGACAGAGCAUGCAGGUGCUCGAGCUCGAGAACAAGGUCGAACAGCUCCUGGCCGAGAACCGCGCCCUCAGUGACGCGCGUGCGACGGCCGAGACCAGCGUCAGCCAGCGCGCCGUCACCACUCUGGCUGACCGCGACGCCGAGAUCGACGCCCUCAGGCAGUCCCUCAAGUUCCUCCAAAACGAAGUCUCCCGCCUGACCGAGGUCAACGAUGGCCUCGCCAGCGCCAAUGCCGAGCUUGCCAACAAAGACAAGAGACGCUAUACUGAUCUCGAGGUUCGCCAUGCAACCAUCAUCCGCGAACUCGACGACGCGCGUGGCGCCCAAGGCCAGCUGGACCAGACUCUGCAAGAAAAGGACGAUGAAAUCGCAAAGCUGCGCGAACAGCUCGAGACUGCCAAGGAGAAGAUACGCGAAAUGCAGCGCCAAAUCCUCGAGACCAAAGCCAGCGAUGAGCACUUCCUCAACCUCCGCGACGAGGAUCACUUCGACCAUCGCUGUCAGCAGCUCUGCUCCCACGUCCAGCAAUGGGUGCUGCGCUUCUCCAAGUUUUCCGAUAUGCGCGCCUGUCGUUUGACAAGCGAGAUCAAUGAUGAGAAGACCAUCGAUCGACUGGAUAACGCCGUCCUCGACGGUUCCGAUGUCGAUACCUACCUCAAAGACCGUGUUAAGCGUCGAGACAUUUUCAUGUCCAUGACCAUGAACAUGAUUUGGGAGUUUGUCUUUACCCGCUACCUCUUCGGCAUGGACCGAGAGCAAAGACAGAAGCUCAAGUCACUGGAGAAGCUGCUGACUGAGGUUGGCCCACCGGAAGCGGUGCGACAAUGGCGCGCCGUGACCCUAACACUACUGGCGAAGCGCGAUAGCUUCAAGCGCCAACGUGACCUGGAUACAGAAGCCGUCGUCCAGGCUGUCUUCCAGACCCUAUGCAAGAUCCUCCCGCCGCCCGGCAACCUGGAGGAUCAGAUCCAAUCUCAACUACGACGCGUGAUGAAGGAGGCCGUGGGCCUCUCAGUUGAGAUGCGUACUCAAAAAGCUGAGUACAUGAUGUUGCCGCCUCUGCAACCGGAGUACGAUGCAGAUGGCGAGCUGGCCGCAACCGUUCAAUUCAACGCUUCGAUGAUGAACGAGCGCAGCGGCAGCGCAAACAUGACGAACGAAGACCUUGAGGCUCAAGGCGCCGUGGUUCGUGUCGUUCUCUUCCCUCUUGUCGUCAAGAAGGGAGACGACACGGGCAAGGGUGACGAGGAGAUUGUGGUGUGUCCCGCCCAAGUGCUCAUCGCUCGCUCCAAGCUUCACUUUGGAGGCUCGAGCGACGUCGGGGGCACAUCCCUUGGAGCUCGCAGUCACAUCAGUGUUGUGACGGAGCACAUGGCCCAGCCCGAGGCAGAAUAUUUGGAGGGAGGGAUUUAA